AUGGCAGACUUAAUAGCAGAUGCCCCAGAGCACUGUCCAGGAACAGGGAGCGAACAGGCAGGCAAAGCGUCUGCUUGUAGUGGUUGUCCCAACAGAGGUAUAUGCUCGUCCCAACCUAAAGGACCUGAUCCAGCUAUUGCAGAAAUCCAAGAAAAGUUAUCCACAGUUCGUCACAAAAUCCUUGUCCUUUCUGGAAAAGGUGGCGUUGGAAAAAGUACCUUCUCUGCUCAUUUAGGGCAUGGUUUUGCAGCUGCCAAUGAAGAUCACCAAGUCGCAGUUUUAGACACAGAUAUGUGUGGCCCGUCUAUUCCUAGAAUUAUGGGGGUAGAAGGAGAGGCAGUUCAUCAGAGUGGCUCUGGCUGGUCACCAGUUUACGUAUCGGAUAAUCUUGCAAUUAUGUCAGUUGGAUUUCUUCUAGCAAGUCUAAAUGAUGCUGUCAUAUGGAGAGGUCCAAGAAAGAAUGGUCUGAUUAAACAGUUUCUGAAAGAUGUCGACUGGGGAGAUUUGGAUUACCUCAUCAUUGAUACACCACCUGGUACUUCAGAUGAACAUCUAUCGUUAGUUCAAUAUAUUGGUGCAACAAAGAUCGAUGGAGCAAUUAUCAUUACUACACCACAGGAAAUUUCUUUGCAGGAUGUUAGGAAGGAAAUCAAUUUCUGUGAGAAAGUAAAACUUCCUAUAAUUGGUGUAAUUGAAAAUAUGAGUGGCUUUGUUUGCCCACACUGCAAAACUGAGUCUGAGAUAUUUCCUGCAACAACUGGUGGGGCUGAAAAAAUGGCAAAAGAUUUAUCUCUACCAUUCCUUGGCAAGCUACCCUUAGAUCCGAGAAUUGCAAAAGCAUGUGAUGAAGGCAAGUCAUUCUUAGAAGAAAUACCUGAUAGCCCAGCAGCCCAAAUAUUCCAGAAGAUUAUAAAAGCUAUAGAAUGUCACUGUGAGUCUAAAAGAGACAGUAAUGACUGUGGUGAUAAUAAAUAAUGCAAAAAUAUCAUUUCUUGAAAGAAAAAAAAAUUUAAAAUUUUUUCUAAAAUACAGAGAUUUAUCUUAUUUUAAAUUUUUGUCCUUGUUUUGAUAAAUAUUUUUCUAUUAAAAAAGUAUCUUUUGAAACUGAUUGAUGAUAACACUGCUUCUAAUACUACAUUAUUCAAUGAAGUCUUAGUGUGGUUUAAGGGAAAUUGGUUGCCAUUUCUAGCAGGUUGAACUACAGAGAAGCUUUAUUGUUGACUCAUCCAUAAAUACAUUACAAGACAAGAAAAUUGCAGCAGAGCUGUGUGAUAGUGGUUUCAGCUGUGGCAUGCAGACCAUCUUAGAACUUGUUUGACAUUACAUUAUCUUUCUCUUCUGUUUUACAAAUUCUAUGGGCACAUGCACAAUGUGUGUUCAUACUUCUAUUUCCAGUUCCUACUCAAAACUGUUUACAAAUCACAACCCUGCGAUUGUGAAGUACACUUCAUGCUCCAAUGGUUGUGAAAUAAGUUAUGACUUUGAUAAAAAAUGCUGAUAUCUUUAUAUUAAUAGUUAACAGUAUAUUUGUUCUUUGGUUUAUGAGAUAUUGUCAUUAUCAUAAUUUUACAUGCGUUCCAUGCUGAUAUGGAGUUGAACUGAUUGCCAUGGUCCAAGCCAGUUCUUUUUCAGAAUUACUGCCACUUUAGAUGGGUUGGCAGACAACAUAUCUCUUGCAAGUCUUGGUCUUUAUUUUUUACUUGCUUCUGUCAGUGAACUGUGGCCAUGCUGGGGUACUGCCUUGAAGAAAUUUAGUCAAACCUGUUGACCCCAGUACUUACUUUUUUGUACAGCCUUGUACUUAUUCUAACAGUCCCUUUUGCUGAAUUGCUAAGUUACAGGGAUGCAAACACACCAACACUAGUUGUUAAGCAGUGGUGGGACACACACACAUAUAUGAUGGGCUUCUUUCAGUUUCUAACAAAUUCACUCACAAGGCUUUGGUCAGCCUGAGCCUGUAGUAGUAGUCACUUGCCCAAGGUGUCACACAGUGGGACUGAACCCAGAACCAUGUAGUUGGGAAGCCAACUUCUUACCACUCAGCCAUGCCUGCACUUUAGUAUUCAUAGCAGGGUGCUCCUAACAUGAAACGCUUUACAAGCCAUUUAAUCAUGGCACCAGUACUAGAGAAGUCGUCAUGCCCUUAGCAAGACUAACAAGUCCUGUCAACUCUAUGCUUUAUUUGUUGUCAACCACUUUACAAGAUGUAUUAGGUGUCAGCACUUGUGAGGUUGCCUUAUACCCUCAAGGCUAAAGAGCACCCACUGUUCCAGGAAGGAGAAUAGAAAUGAGGUUUAUGGCAGUAGCUGAGCCUAGCACAAGAGAUAGUUAAAGUGAAAGUAUGAUGCAAUGAAAAGAAAUGUGUAAGAGGUAGGAGGAGGAAAGUGGAAGAGAAGCAUCAGUGCUGUGUUGCCAGGGUUGUAAUUAUGUUCAAUAAAGAAAUGAAGAGAAAAUGUUUUUAUGACAAUUUAUUAAACUUUUUACUUAAAGCAUUUGUUAAUGGUAAAUUACACCAUUAAUAAAAAUAGCCAACCAUAAUCAGGAAAGUGCAUUGUCACUUGUAGGAAAGCUCAAGCAAAUAGCUUCAGUUAUUGAUUCAUUUGUAAGUUGAUCAGUGACUGUUUUCAGUCUUUCAAAACAUCAUUGAUAUCCAAAUCAGUGAGAAGUAAGAAAUUCAAGAACUGUGAUAGAAAAGCAGUUUAUUUGAAAAGUAAAAAAAAAAAAAGAAAUAUUCUAAUAAAUAUAGUAAAUGAUUGUUACUACUUCAAAUUCGUAACAUUUCCAUGCUUAGAAUAAAUCACUUUAAAGUAUGUAAUGAAUGAAAUACAGCGUGAAUCUUUUAUUGGUUUGUCUGCCUACAAUUUUAAGAUAUUUUAUUUUUUCUGUUAACUGAAAUUUUUAUUGAGAAACACAAGAAUACUGAAAAAAAUUGGAAAAAUAAUUUGUUGCAUGUUUAAUUUCUCACUCAUUCUCUUUAAUUUCUAGCAUAUCACAAUAAAUGGCCAGCAUUUUCCUCUGUUUCUUUCAUCAGUGAAAGCUUAAAAAAAAGGAGAGACCAAGCCAUCAAUGCUCAGUUAUUUUAGUAAACAUAUAUCUUUGCUCCUUAUCAUAAACCUAACAUUUCUUUGGCAGCAGCACAGGCCACUUCAGCUUGAGUGUACUCUUCUGCAGAUUUCAAAUCAGAUUCGCUUGCC